AUGGGGCGUCUCCGCUCCCCACUGGCUCUAGCACUGCUGGCGCUGACCCUGCUGCAGGGGUGUGGCCAGCCCAGAGUCUCCAGCCGAAUUGUUGGGGGAGGGGACGCCGCAAGGGGCCGGUGGCCAUGGCAGGUCAGCAUCCAGUACAAUAGACAGCACUUCUGUGGUGGGUCCCUCAUCUCAGCCCAGUGGGUUGUGUCAGCAGCUCAUUGCUUCCAAUUCUCUUUCCCCCAGUCUGCCUAUCGUGUGACCCUCGGGGAGCACCAGCUGUCCAACCCCUCCCCGAGCCGGGUCUCAUCCCCUGUGCGCCAGAUCCUCGUCCACCCCGAUUACAACAGGGGGACCCGUUCAGCUGACAUUGCCCUAGUGCAGCUCACGGAGCCAGUGCGAUACACCGACGAAAUCCUCCCCAUCUGCUUGCCAGGCCCCUCCCACUCCUUCCCUGGCAACCACACGUGCUGGGUCACCGGCUGGGGGACAACAGCCUUUUCGGUCUCUCUCCCGCCCCCCAAGACGCUGCAGGAGGUUCCGGUCCAGCUGAUGGACACUGCAGCCUGCAACGCCCUCUACAACAUCGACCCGGCCCCGAACAUCGGCAGGGACCCCGUCAAACCUGACAUGAUCUGUGCCGGCUACGCCGAAGGGCAGAGGGACUCCUGCCAGGGUGACUCAGGGGGGCCGCUGGCCUGUGACCGCAGUGGGACCUGGUUCCUGAUGGGGGUUGUGAGUUGGGGGGACGGCUGUGGCCAGCCCAAUCGUCCCGGUGUCUAUGUCCGGACAGUGGCCUACGGUGAAUGGAUAUGGGGGCACGUGGUGUCCGGGGGCCAAGCCACAUCCAUGGAGAACAGCACCUCUGGAGUAAAUGACGCCAGAUCCUCCUUCAGCACCUACACACUUCUCUUCACCACUCUCCUGAUGUCACUGUGACAUCCCCCCCCAUUUCUCCCUCCUCCGUUCACCCUCCACUGAAACCCUCCACUGUCUGGGGGCAGUGUGAGGUGGAGAUGGGAGAGGAUCUGAGACCUAUCAGCAAUGCCUGAGUCUUUCGAGAGCCUGACCCUGUUGCAAUGAGAAGGGAGGGCUGCCCUGAGUGUGAUUGAGAGCAACACUGCCUGAGUCUGCAGAGAGCCUGAGCUGAUUGCUUGUGACCCAAACAGCAACACUUGCUGCAUCUCCAGAGAACCUGGGCUGAUUUCACAGAGAGGGGUGAACUGGCACAAGUGUAACUGGUGCAGCGAUGCUGCCUGAGUCUUCAGAGAGCCUAAUCACUUGGAGAGGAGGGGCACUGCUCCAAGCACCUCUAGGGGGCAGCGCGGGGGCAUGCAGACCAGGAAUGUCUGGGGUUGGCUCGCUGGGAGAUGGGCGGU